GACCCUUGGCCUCCGAUGCCAUCUCGGGUCGCCGUAAUCGGCGCGGGAGCUGCCGGCCUGGUGGCUGCGCGCGAGCUGCGGCGCGAGGGCCACGACCCCGUCAUCUUCGAGCGCGCCGCCGAAGUGGGCGGCACCUGGCUCUACGACCCGGCAGCCUCGGCUGAUCCGCUCGGCGCCGGCGCCGUCCACUCGAGCCUCUACGCCUCCCUCCGCACCAACCUGCCCCGCGAGAUCAUGGGCUUCCUCGACUUCCCCUUCGUCGCCGGCGAGGUCUCCGGCAGCGACCCGCGCAGAUUCCCCGGGCACGAGGAGGUGCAACGGUAUCUUGAAGCGUUCGCGCGGCGGUUCGACCUCUACGGGCUGGUCCGGCUCCGGACGGAGGUGGUCCGCGUCCGCAGGAACGCCAGCACGGGGAGCUGGUUGGCAUCGUACUGCUCCAGGAAGCUUGCCGGCGCCGGCAGUGAUGAACUUGAGGAGGAGGAGGAGGAAGAGGAGGAGUUCGACGCCGUUGUCGUCUGCAAUGGCCACUUCACGGAGCCGCGUCUCGCCGACAUCGCCGGCAUAGAUGCUUGGCCCGGAAAGCAGCUGCACAGCCACAAUUAUCGUGUACCCGACCCAUUUCACGGCCAAGUUGUGGUGAUAAUAGGAUACCGUCCCAGUGGGAUGGACAUUUCGAGGGAAAUCGCUGGUGUCGCCAAAGAGGUUCAUGUUGCCACUCGAUCGGUGCCUUGUGAAGUCCAGAGUACAACGGCACAUCCCAACUUGUGGUUACAUUCCAUGAUAGAUCAUGCAGAGGAAGAUGGCACCGUGGUGUUUCAAGACGGCAGUCAGGUCAAAGCUGAUACCAUCCUACACUGCACUGGAUACAAAUACAAAUUUCCAUUCCUGGAUGAGAGCGAUGAUGCUAUUGGUAUCUUUGUGGAUGAGAACCGUGUGGGCCCAUUGUAUAAGCAUGUGUUUCCGCCACAAUUGGCUCCUCACAUCUCCUUCAUCGGAUUGCCUUUCAAGGCUAUCCCUUUUCCAUUGUUUCAACUCCAAAGCAACUGGGUGGUCGGAGUUCUGUCAGGAAGGAUUGACCUCCCAUUCCAAGAGGAGAUGAUGCAAGAUGUGAAAACAUAUUACUUGGAGAUGGAAGCUCGCGGAUGCCCCAAAAGAUACACUCACGGCCUGCAGUUAGCUUUUGAGUAUGAGGACUGGCUGGUGGAGCAAUGUGGGUUGGAAAAUAUCGAGGUGUGGAGGAAAGAGAUAUAUGUCGGCGCAAAACCCAAGAUGUUGGAUCGACCUGAGAGUUAUCGAGACAAGUGGGAUGAUGAUCAUGACCUAUUAGCACAGGCAUACCAUGAUUUCAAAGAGUAUAUUUGACCUGAUCUCAUCAAUAGACUCCCUCAAACUACUUACUAUUUGGCUUCCACCGCUGAAUAAUUUCCUUCUGACGACUGUUU